ACAGAGACUGGGUAUUACAAAACAACAAUCAAAACGGAACCAGCUUCUGAAAGUACCUGCCUGGAGAAAACGGUGGGUCGGAAAACUGAUGAUAUGACAGACUUCAUGGAUGACUUAACCCUCAGCUCACCGAAGAAGAGAGAGUCGUCUUUGAGAUCCAAGAGGAGUUGUGAUAGGUCAUCAGCAAGGUCGUCUAGCAGAUCCUCUUGCAGCUCACAGUCCAGUUCAAGUAGUUCCUCUUCAGCUUCCUCCAGGAGCUGGAGCCGGUCCAGAUCAAGGUCACGGGCUAGAAGAAAUGGUUCCCGAAGGUACAGAAGGUACUCUCGUUCGUAUUCCAGAAGCCGGUCGAGAUCACGCGGGUACAUGAGGUACCGAGGCAGGUACCAUGCCAGGCACUACAGGAGGUACCACCGCUCUCCUCCGCGGUACAGAUCGCGCAGUAGGUCGUGGUCUCGUGGAAGAUCGUACUACAGAAGGUCCUAUUCGAGAAGCAGAUCCCGUUCAAGAGGCCGAAGAUACUACGGAUUCGGGCGAACAGUAUAUCCUGAGGCUUACAGGAGCUGGAGGAGCAGGUCACGAACAAGAUCUCGGAGCAGGUCACCUCUCCACUUGAGUGAAAAAGACAAGAGGGAACUGCUGGAAAUUGCAAAAGCUAAUGCUGCGAAAGCUCUGGGAACAGAUAACAUAGUCUUGCCGGCAAGCUUGAAGAUCCUGACUCCUUCCAAAGAGAUAAAGAACGCAAAACAAGAGCGCGAAGAUCCCGCGGAGUCAGCUGAG